UGUAUGCUCUUCCGUGCGUCGAGAUGCUUACGUGCGGCAUGAACGGGUCGUGGCCCACCUCAUCUGUGGAGUUCAUGGAAGACGACGAGUUGCUCUUCUACGGCGACGGAUACUCGAAGAACGAUUAUCCGAGCGGCGGCGGCCACGACACUCCUAGUGUCGUGAUUGACAGGAUCAACUAUUCCUCCUUUUCGGGUGUCACUGGGAUCCCCACGCGCACGACUGCCACACUAACUCCUACCACCCUGAAGAACAUAGAGGAGACGUUCCUGGAGUACCAGAGGUUCCCCCCGGCACCAGUGGAGCAUGUACACCAGGCCGGCUUUGUGCCUCCCGUAGUCAACAUUGCUCCGUACCAGCAGCAGCAACAGGCUUCCCCUUUCUGGUCACAGCAGCAGCAGCCCGGGAUGGUGGCGAUCAAGCAGGAGGUGGACGACGACUGGCUUCCCCCCAGCACUACCCCAGCAGCAGCUGGAGCAGCAAAUGCAGCAAUUUCUCGGGAGAUUAACAACGCACCCACACCAUCCCCACCGCUGCCUCCCAAGCCAGCCCGCACCGGUGGGGGCAGGAGGCCCAACAGGAAUGAAAAGCUCAGCCCUGAAGAGGAAGAGCGACGACGGAUCAGGAGGGAGCGAAACAAAUUGGCAGCAGCACGUUGUCGGAAGCGGCGGAUGGACCACACAAACAGCCUCAUAAAGGAAACGGAAGAACUCGAAGAAGCCAAGAACAAACUUCAACAAGAGAUGGCUGCUCUGCGAAGCGAAAAGGAGAACCUAGAGUUCCUCCUCGAAGCCCACAAGGCAAGCUGCAAGAUUCCGCAUGUGAAGUGCGCUACCACCACCGCUUCGACAAUGAGCACACUCCCGCAGCAGCGCCCUCAGCAUCUUCCCAUCGUCACCUCUGCCGAUUCGGGCCACGUCCGCAACAACCACAAGCUGCCAAAUGCUCCCAGCCGAGCCCCCAAGUUCUCGCGGCCCAACUCGCUCGCGGUUACCUCAGUGUUUACAAACUCGGUUGGGGGCAAUGCCCUGAACAACGGCAGCAGUGUUCCGGCGUCGUGUCCCUCACUGUUGACCGAAGUCGCCGGUGUGCCAAUCCAGACCCCUUCGGACGGCAUUUUCAGUUUUGACUCCAUCGUCGAAGGCACCGGGGCUACGCCCACUGGAACGACGCCGCUCACGUUCUCAGCCAGUGACUGUGCCGGACAGCAACGCAACAGUAAUGGGGACCUGUCCAGCCCCGAAACCAUGAACCCCCCCAAACUGGUGUCGCUCUGACCCCAACAGCAUUAAGCACUGUGCGUCUCUGGGAGAGUUGUGACCUAGCUUCUCGUUGUGGCAGUGUGGCACCACUGGUUCUCUCUCUCCAAGUGAUUUCGCCCAGAACUGGUCAUGGUGCAACAUGUGCCGUGCGCGCAACAUUGUCAUUCUCGCAUGCUGGGACGUGUUGUCCUCUAUGUUCAUUUGCUACGAGCAGGACACGUUUGAUGUGAUGCACCUAUGGGGAACUGGCUGCUCUGUUUGAUUUCUUCUCUAGGCACUUAACGAUGACAGUGUUUAUUGCCUUCAUUUGUACCAGAUUAAAAAAAGUAUUGCUGGCUCCCGGAGCAUAACUUGCUGCUGCAUUUCUCGGCAACAGAAGAUUGCCUCGCUGUCACACACUGCCUGUGCCUUAAAAAGCAGUUUCCGCCUUUAUUUCUUUUGUCAGCCUGAAGUGAUUUCUAUCUUUGAGGUUGCUUACUGAGAUUGUAUCUUGCGUAUAAUUAACUGUUUCUUUCCAUGCCUGAGUGACAUUACAGACUUCCAACCGAGAAUUUUUUUUCUGUGCAAUGUUUCAUUUGGAGAUGUGUGUAUAUUCUGAACCUUUUUACAGUACGGAGUCAAUUGCUCACUUCACUGUCCAAGCCUUUCUGGAUCAUCAAAUUCUCUCUGCCAAUACAGUUCCGCACCAUAUGCAAGAGUGUCAAGUACAGGGCUGCGUGCACACAUGCCACACUCUCUCAAGCAUAGAUUGUUUUUCGGUGCUUUGCCGUGGCAUUUUGCCAGCACCUUCGAACAUUGCUUCCUCAUAGAGCGGUUAGUUCCCUUGUGCUAGCCUGUGGGGCAGUAUAAUUCUCAGCAGAUUUUUUGAAAUGUUUGUUGGCAGUGCAUUGUUAGACCAAGCUGUUGCUGUAAAAGGGAGUCUGUACAGUUGCUCCAGUCAAACACCAUUCCUCAAGUGUCGUAUGUUGGCACAGGUCACCCUGAGUUGGACUGGUUGUGAAGUUUGGGGAUUGGGGUACACUCAAACCUCAAUAUAAUGAAUCUGGAUAUAACGAAAUUUUGAUUAUAAUGAAGUAGUCUCAGUAGAUUUAGUGUUGAGAAUAAACCUUUAUAACGAAUUUUGGGAUACAACAAAGUUAUUUUUAUGUAAUAUGCAAGUUUGUUAUACUGACGUUCGAGUGUACUACGAGUUUCAAACAGCUGUGGAGUUCAAGUGUGAUUAUUUUUUCGAAGCCAUUUAGGAACUGUACGCUAGGCUGCAAGUUUUGAAUUUGCUCAACAAGUGUAUUCUUGUCGUCCCCUCAAAUGUGCCAUGCUAGAGUGGUCUCGUCACUGUUGGGUUUCGGAAGAUAAUCUCAUUUUUGGCAUGUUAUGAAGGCUGCUUCCAGUUUGUCAGUUGCUUGUAGCAUGCUUGGGCAGUUACAGCUGAACUACAGUAGUAGUAUUCUGCAACAAUGCGAAGAGUUGCCAACAAGUUUUGAGCUGUAGCUAAGGACAUUGGGCGUCGAAAGUUUAUGGGCAUUGACAUUGGUACCAUUUGGUAGGGCUUGCUCUGACUGCGCAGACUAAACGUCGGCUGCUGUGCACAUGUCGACACUGUUUCGACGCUAUGCAAAAAUGAAAAAGAUGUGCACGCUUUUGUCUUUCACUAUUUCAACUUCGACUGUGAGAGAAUGCAGGAGAACGUAGUGCGGCUGCUACCUGAAAUGAAUGAAUAUGAGAAGGUUUUAUUCGUAAAGCCUAUGAAAGAAGGUUGUUAGCAAUGGAAAAAAACAAGGUUUCCAGAUAAUAUCGCGAGUCGCGCCAGCAGCUGUAGUCUCGGCAUGGCAUGUGCGAGUGUUGCGUCCAAUGCAUAAUGCCAAAACAUAUUCACAUAAUCGCAGCCACAGGUUGAGCAUUUCGAAUCAUUUGUGCGAUGCGAUGUGAUUCUAUCGCCAAGCACCUAGUCUUGUUUUUAGUGCAGUUCAUUGUGCGAGUGAAUGGGUGUGUACUCAUCACCAUUUCACAUUUGUGAAUGCAAGCAAUUGAAUAUUUUUAGAUGAGCACGAUUCUCAACAUCGGUAGGGAAACCUGUCUAACGUGGAUGCAAUAAAAAAGUAAGCUGUGUAAAACCAAUUGAGUGUCUGGUACGAUAGGUCACCUAAUGAAAUGUUUCCCGUGAAGUUCUGGUGCAAGCCAACUGAGGCCACAUGUUGCACUGAUUAGGCAACCAGAAAGCGAUUGUCUAUGUUAAACAGGUUUCGUUGUACUUAACAUUUCUUGAGAACAUUGCGCUUCUUUGUUUACUUAUACUAGCAUAUGUGAUGAAUGAGAUCCAUUGUACGAGCAUCUGUGAGUGCAUGUGAUGACUGGGUUUCCAGGGACUGAUCUUCAGGGGGGGACGGGGGGGGGGGGGAUAGGGAUUAAUUUUAUUGUGGUGUCAUAUUACUGGCUUUUAAGUGCAUUAUUGUUUCAUGCGAUAUCAUGUGCAUUUCUGCUCGCGCAGUGGGUGCUGCAAGCGGUUCUGUUUCUACACGACACCCCCGUGAAUCUCGUAAAGUGUUGAGUAUCCGGCCAUGUUGGUGGCCCAGUCUGUCGAGGUGUUUCUUAAGAUUGUACGCAGCUUGUAUGCAUAAUGGAGGUUGCCUAUGCAUGCAUUCUUGCAUGUGUGUUACGCCCAUGAAUGAAGAUUAUAGCAGCAAAUCCUUGGACUUGCAUGCUUACAUAGCCAAUGCAAGUACCAUUCGUCUAAAAGUGCCAGAUGCUUGUGCAUGGUCGUAUAGUCUAUAUUUUCUAUACAAAACUUAUAUUAAUGAUUACAAUAAUAUAUUAUAACAUGUAUAGCUAUUUUAGAUGACACAGCAAUAAUGUCGUUUUAUAACUGCACAACAGCGAAUGUGAUGCGUGUUUGUAGUUCUCCGUCACUGCAGAACACAAUGCUCACAACUCUCAAAUUAUGCACUUUGGUGAGAAUGUUGAUGAAGGUGUGUUUCGCCUGCUUGUAUCUGCAGCUCUGAUUGUACCAAAGACUGCUUGUGCCGACCGGAACCAUUCAUUUGCCUUUUGUUUUGUUUGAGUUGUUACAUCCGGAGUCAUUCACUCCGCUGUGUUUUAGUUAGUUUUUUGUUAUAGGUUAUUUAUUAGCCCCAGAACUGAUGUUCUCGGCUGCCUUGUUUCUUUCGUUGAGCUUAGACUUUUUUUUUCAUGGUUCUGAAAUGGCACACAGCAAUGGAGUGUUUGAGGAUCAUGUUCUGCCAUACAUUUUAUUGUUUUAGUUACAUAUUGUCUUUCAUGUUGCAUUUAAAAGUGAAGAGAUUCAUGGUGUGUGUGUGUGUGUGCCCGCUUUAUCGCUUAUAAAGCCGAAAUAAAAAAUGUUUCAUAUUUUUAUACCUGCAA